AUGCGACUAUGUCAUGUCAGAAUCCAAGUAAGUCAUGGAGAUAUCAAGAAAGGUGGACGCUUCCUUCACUACAUUCAUAGGCCGUUUCAUGGCGAUGAAGAGUUCAAACAAGCUUUCUUGAAAGCACAGGAAGCGCUGAAAAAGGGUAUUCAUCCUGUUCUCAUCCCAGUUGGGAGCUCAGGGUCUUAUUUUGUUCGUGACGAGAACCUAGAGAACAUUGCAGUCUUCAAGCCAUCAGAUGAAGAACCCUUUGCAGCCUUGAAUCCCAAAUGGCCUAAGUUCUUCCAGAGGAUUCUCUGUUUCUGCUGCUUCGGACGAGCUUGUCUGAUUCCUAACAAUGGUUAUUUGUCAGAAACCGGGGCUAGCAUUGUCGAUGAUUUACUUCAGUUACAUAUUGUGCCUAAGACACGGGUCGUUCGUAUGGCUUCUCCAUCGUUUUUCUACUCUCGCUGUUGUGGACGCUAUGAAAUCAAACCGAAAGAAGGCAGCUUUCAGCUUUUCGUGAAGGGAUAUGAAAGUGCUCAGACGGUAUUUUCACGGUGGGACUAUGACAAGACUCUACUGUCGGAUGCUGAAGAAGAGAGAUUCAAAUAUCUUUUUCAAAAAAUGAUUGUUCUUGAUUAUAUCAUAAGGAAUACAGAUAGACAUAUGGACAACUUGUUGAUAAGACAUAUUCCCGGAAAAGUGAUAGAACUAGCUGCUAUAGAUAACGGUCUUGCCUUUCCCGUGAAACAUCCGGAGUUUGUGAGCCGUUUUAGAACGUUCCCUUUCCGUUGGACCGAAUACCGCUGGGCGCAACAGCCGUGGGAUCCUGCAUUACGGGAGCAUUUGCUGGCUUUGAUCAACCCUGCCUUUCUUCAUGACCUUUGCCAUGAACUCAAGGUAUGGAAUUUGUAUGAUUGCCUCGCCAAAAAUGAAACGCCGGACAGUUUAAUCAUGAAGGAGCCGAUACUCGUCACGAGAAGAUAUCGACGGAAUCGACCCAACACUGAUAACUGGGCCCAGUGGUUUCGGGUUCGUCAUUGCAACAACUAUAGUCGUGCAUGUUGCUGA